CGAUUUUUAACGAAUUAAACUCAAUAUGAAAAAAGGUCACAGAUUCUGAGAUCAGAGAUCCACAGUAAUGACUGUAUGAACUUGCCUCUCUAGGCCUAUUCUGUGCAAACACCGAAACAGACGGUUGACACUUGACAGAUUGUCACUAAGACUCUGAGUUUUUCGAAAAUACAGUCACCUCAUGCUGCAUGUCCCAAAGCCAACUUAUUUUAUUUUCCAACAACAUGCACUAUUAUUACAGAAGCAUUCAAACUUGGCUCCGUCGGAAAUACAGUGGGAACUCUGUCAAAGAUUUGAGAAUCGUCACUGUCUUUAAUGAUUGGAAGAAAAGAUUUUCCCUGCUCUCAGUUCCUGAACCAGAUGUUUGUGCAGAAUACAUUAUUGCUCAUGUUACUGGGCAGAAAACACUAAACAACACAGACAUGGAGGCAUGCUUGACCCAGCAUCAGAUGACGAAAGUCAAUGACCUCUGUAAAAAGCGACUUACCCGAAUGCCCUUGCAAUAUGUGCUAGAGGAGUGGGACUUUCAUGAUUUGACCCUCAAGAUGAGGCCACCAGUGCUGAUCCCAAGGCCUGAGACAGAAGAACUUGCAGACUUGUGUGCAAAGACUUUACGAGAGGAUGUCAUGAGUUCAGGACAUGGACAUCAGCAUAAGCUGCUGGAGAUUGGUAGUGGCUCUGGUGCUUUGACCAUCUACAUACUCAAACGGUUCACUGAUCUAGACGCUGUGGCUCUGGAUGUCUCGCCAGAUGCUUGUCAGCUGACUACCGAUAAUGCAGAGGCCGUGGGUGUGAAAGAUCGCCUAACUGUGGUUGAAGGAGAUGUCAGGAACAAAGAUUCUCAGGCAAAGUUGAGAUCUUUAGGUCCUUUCAACAUGCUGGUUAGCAACCCACCAUACAUCAGCACUGAGGAGAUGGAUAUACUUGAACCAGAAAUAAGCAGAUUUGAAGACCCUGUUGCCCUGCACGGUGGUCCUGAUGGGUUUGAUCUCGUCUCUGAGAUCCUUCAGCAGGCACCAGAGUUGUUGUCUCCUAAUGGACAUUUAUGGCUAGAGGUGGCAUCACAACACCCAGAACAGGUCAAGUCAUUCCUGUCGAGAUUAGGGCCAGCCCACACACUCUCCUAUGUACGCACUGUCCAAGACUUUGCUGGAAAGGAUCGAUUUUGCCACGUGAGAAAGGACAGUGCAGUUAUAUGAGUUGUAUUUGGACAUGAAAACAUGAAAGGAGUCUAAGGAUGGUGUGAUGUCAAACUCUGCUUUAAAGAGAAGCACAUUGGCACAAUAAUGGUCAUUUAGUGCCAGGAAAAUGUAAGACAGACAGACGGAGAGAAACAACAGAGGGAAUGCAAAGAAGUGGGAGCUUCCAGCAGGGCCCUCCAACCACCUGCUCUGAUCUACUUGCCUUGAGCCGUAGGGAGUAGAGCAUCACAGUGACCAUCCACCCUGAGAAGGUGCAAAGCGUUACAACCGGAGAAUUUUUUACUGUUAUUGUUUUGUUUUUUCAAUCUUCUUUUUAGGUUGAUGUCCCUGUAGACUCAAUGAAGGUCAUUUCAGAGUAGGAUUUUUGACAGUUUUACGUUUGAACUUCCCUGCCAAUGUUCAUGUGGGUAACUGACUGUACCACACAGAAAAUCUUGGGACAUGACAGUCAACUCCACUCGUGUUGAGCUCACUUGAGUUGGUCUUUGGUUAAGUUGAUCUUUUUCUCAGGAGGUCCCAGCACCUCAUCUUCUUAACAGUUCUCAACAGGUUAAUCUGAACUUCAGAUGAGUUGAUCUAUUUUUCACUCGCUUGACGACAUCAACUCAUUCGUAGUCGAUUGUACUUAAUAGUAAAGCUAAAACGCGAGAAGAUAGAAAAUGGACUGAGAAUGGCUUUUGGUUCAGGCUAGCAUGGUUUCAUUGUUGUGAUUUUGUACAUGAUUGUGUGUUUCUGUAUGAUUCAUGAUGGAGUGUUGACGGAGUAAGUAAGAAUGGUCAUGGGAGUUAUUUUGAGUAAAACAAUAUGUGGUACUGUUUGUUAAUGAUAAUUCAUUCAUUCGCCUCUUUCACCAUGGUACUGGGUAUAGACCACAAAGAAGGGCUCUCCACACGUCCCUGUUCUGGACUAUCUUCUCCAGCUGCAGUGUCAUAUGCAUGAUAUCUGCCGCUAGAUCUCAUUUCCACGUGAAUUUCGGACUUCUUCUCUUUCUCCUCCCCUGGAGGUUCCAUCUUACUAGGCUUUGCAUUGUCACAUUGCGGGUUGGCUUUCUGAGUGUUUGUCCAAUCCAUCAUCUUCUCUUCAUAAUCUCACAGCCAACAGGCUGUUGCUUGAUUUGCCUUAAUAAUACUACAUUUCUGAUGGUGUCCGGCAAGUAGAUUUUCGUGAUCUUCCUCAGACGACCAUUUAUGAUGGACUGUAAUUUGUUUAGGAUUGAUGAUGAUAAUAAUGACAGUAAAAAAUCUAUGUACGUACAGCACUACAUCUCUGUGUUAUGUUUUUGAUUAAUGGAUGUUCUUGUGUGAUGAACUUUUCGGUGUUUCAUUUAUCCAAGUCUCUUCCAAGUGUAAUAUCGUUGUUAUCUUCUUGAAUCAAAGCAGCAACCAAAUGAUAUAGAUAUAGACUAGGCUGCUAUGGUUUUGAUAGAAACAGAAGUGCUUUCAAGACAAUAGUCGUUAGAUCCUGUGUGUGUUGAUGCAUGUAAGUGUAUGUAUUGACCAUGCUGCAGCAAAUUUCUCUUUGUAGAGAUCAAUAAAAUCUUAUCUAGAGCU